AUGCCCGACGACAUCUCACCCUUCCAGAUCGCUGUCCCAGACGCCGCCAUCGCGCAGCUGUGGGCCAAGCUCGCAGCCGCCUCGUUUGCCGACCGGGUCGAGUUCUCCGACGACGGCAACUACGGCGCGCCGCUGAGCGACGUGCAGCGCCUCGCCCAGCGAUGGGGAGACGGCUUCGACUGGCGCGCGCAGGAAGCUGCCCUGAACAAGCUGCCGCAGUUCACGACGCCCGUCGAGGUCGACGGCUUCGGCACGCUCAACAUUCACUUUCUACAUCAGCGGAGCAGCAAUGCCAACAGCAUCCCGCUGCUGUUUGUACACGGGUGGCCCGGCAGCUUUCUGGAAGUUGUCAAGCUUCUCCCGCUGCUUACCUCGUCGGAAAGCAGUCCGUCUUUCCACAUCGUCGCGCCCUCGUUGCCAAACUUUGGCUUCUCAGAUGUCGUAACGAAGCCGGGUUUCAGCAUCACGCAAUAUGCUGAAACGGUGCACAAGUUGAUGGUCAAGCUGGGAUACACAGAAUAUGUCACGCAAGGCGGCGACUGGGGCUUCAUGAUUACCCGACUCGUCGGAGCCAACUAUCCCGACCACUGCCUCGCCUCGCACGUCAACUUUGUUCGCAUCCACAACCCACCAACCUUUUCCCAGUCGCCGCUCCUCUACCUCCAGAGCGCGCUCACGCCCUACACCUCCGCGGACAAGGCCGGCCUCGCCCGCUCCGCCUGGUUCCGCACCGAGGGCUUCGGCUACAACGCGACGCAGAGCACCAAGCCGUCGACGCUCGGCUUCGCCCUCGCCGACUCCCCGGUCGCGCUGCUCGCCUGGAUCUACGAGAAGCUGCGCGACUGGACCGACGACUACGCCUGGGCCGACGACGAGAUCCUGACCUGGGUCUCGCUGUACCAGUUUUCCCGCGCGGGGCCCGCCGCCAGCGUGCGCAUCUACUACGAGACCAAGCACGCGGCCGCCGACGAGUACGCGCAGGGCCUCUGCUACGUGCCCCGCGUUAAGCUCGGCGUGUCGCUCUUCCCGCGCGACGUCGUGGUGCCGCCGCAGCGCUGGGCGCACAGUCUGGGGCCGGUGGUAUUUGCGGCCGUCCACGACAAAGGCGGGCAUUUUGCGGCGCACGAGCGGCCGGAGCAGCUCGCGCUGGAUUUGCGGUCCAUGUUUGGCGCGGCCGGUGGUGCAGGCGAUGUUGCGAAACGCUUCGAUCCUGUACUGUAG